CAGGUUUCCAAGAAGACAUGCAACCAUUUUUGUUGUCUCAUGAAUACACAGCUUUUAAUUGUAUUUAGCUUGUGGAUUUCAUUGGAACUGUUUUUAUAAAGGAGACAAAAAAGCUCAACAAAAAAAUGAAGGCUCAAAAAGCACAGAUGUACAAAGGAAUUGGAUGGCAAGUAAGACAGUAUUUUUCUCUGCUUUGGCUAUGGAAAUCAGUAUUUGGUCAGGUUCAUUAUUCCAUUGUUGAAGAAUCUAGAAAAGGUUCUACAGUAGGAAAUAUAGCAAGCGAUCUAGGUCUAAAUGUAAAGGAAUUGACAUUUAAAAGAUUAAGAAUUGAUUCUCAUGUCGCAGAAGAAUAUUUUACUAUAAAUUUAGAAAAUGGGGAGUUGUGCAGUAAAGAAAAGAUAGACAGAGAGACAUUAUGUGCAUCAGUGUCUACCUGCAUUUUAACCUUUGAUGUUGUGGUUGAAAAUCCUUUAAAUGUUUUCCAUGUGGCAGUUGAAAUUCAGGACAUUAAUGACAAUCCACCAAGAUUUUCUCAUAAAAUCAUUGAAUUGGAGAUCAGUGAAGUCACUUCAGUUGGAACAUGUUUUGUUUUACAAAAUGCAGAAGAUCCUGAUGUAGGAAUUAACUCUAUAAGGAAUUACAGACUUAGUAGAAAUCAGAAUUUUGUGUUGAAAGAGAAGAAUUAUACUCAAGAAAAUGUUUUUCCAGAGCUUGUUUUGGAAAAAGCUCUAGAUCGAGAGACACAAAACACUUAUGAAUUAAUAUUAACUGCAGCCGAUGGAGGAAAUCCCAUUAGAACAGGUACUGUUUUCAUUAAGAUAUAUGUAACCGAUUUUAAUGAUAAUUUUCCAGAGUUUAGUGAAGAGAUCUAUAAAGCUAAUGUAAAGGAAAGCACUUCAGUUAACUCAACAAUACUUUUUGUAAAUGCAACAGAUAAAGAUGAAGGUUUCAAUGCUGAUAUUACUUAUUCCAUUGGAAAUAUUCCAGAAAAUGGUUUGCAUACUUUCAGUAUCCAUCCCAAAACAGGGGAAAUAAAAAAUAAGGUACAUUUAGAUUUUGAGAAAACAAGUAAUUAUGAAAUGUCUGUACAGGCAAAGGAUGGGGGUGGCCUAGUGGCGCAUGCCAAAGUUCUUAUACAGAUAAUAGAUGAAAAUGACAAUGCCCCUGAGAUAUCUAUUUCUUCAUUGUCUACCCCUAUUCCUGAGAAUUCUACUCCUGGAACAGUAGUAGCCCUAAUCAAAGUUUACGAUCAAGAUUCAGGAAACAAUGGAGAUGUUGAUUGUAAAAUUAUAGACUUGGUACCUUUUAAAUUGGUACCAUCGUCCAGCAUAUACUUCACAAUUAUCACAACUACUGUAUUAGACAGGGAAUUAGUGUCACAAUAUAAUAUCACAAUUGUAGCUACUGAUAGAGGAGUCCCUGCACUUUUCACCACUAAGGUCAUUUUAUUGAGUGUAUCAGAUAUAAACGACAAUUCUCCCGUUUUUGAGAAACCUCAAUAUAUUGCUUACGUUUCGGAAAAUAAUCAACCCGGAGCUUCUAUAUAUAAAGUACAUGCUUUGGAUCUGGAUGCUGCAGAAAAUGCAACGCUGACCUAUUCUAUUCUCGCUGAAAAUAUGGAUGUUUUCCCAGUCUUCUCCUACCUGUCCAUUAACCCAACAACUGGGGUUCUCUAUGCUCAAAGAUCAUUUGAUUAUGAGGAGCACAAGGAAUUUUACAUACAGGUCAUUGCUAAAGACAAUGGGUCUCCGCAGCUUAGCAACAAUGCAAGCAUUAAGAUUUGUGUAGUAGAUAAGAAUGACAAUGCUCCAAAAAUACUUUACCCAUUGUCAGAAACUGAAGGGUCACCUUCAUAUGAGAUAAACUAUCACUUUUUAGCAUUAAUCAGCAUACGGGAGAAAUAA